AUGAGUUCUGCGAAUUGCUUCAGUCUGACAGCUCUGCUGUCCCUGCUGUCCACUAUUGUUGCUGCCUCCACAACCCCUAAAGGCCAGACAAUUGAAGUCAACGGCAACUCUUACUACGUGUCCACCACUGCGGUGACAACCCUCAAGAUCCCCACUGGCCAAGAGCACCAAAAGAAUGGUCUCCUUCCACUCACCGUCAUUCGGAGCGAUGCCUCGAAAUUGACGACUUCACUCAUCAAGAGCCUGGUGAAUGUUUACCAAACAGAUGAUGACGUUUUUAACACCGGUUUCCUUGAAAAUAUAUUCAUCACGUAUAAUGGCACUGGCAAGAAGCCAUCCGAAGAUGUCUCUUUACCUUCAAGUUGGGGGAACAAAUUUUUAGGCUUCUCCGCUGCGUAUAGCACCAAGAAGGUUACCACCUCUUCGAAGAGUAUUCCCCCGGGACCAUACUUCUUGGAUGCAGUGACUGGAGAUGUAUUCGAAGCCUAUUUGCUAUAUUCUGAUGUGAUGGGGUCCUUCACUCAGGGUCUCUACGCGGUAGGUGAUGGAUCUUACGACGUACUCCCAGCGAGUCUCCAAGGAUAUGCGUCCCUGACCAUUGGGGUCCCAUCUCGUCUGUAUUUCACCAAGACGAAGCAUAAGCCUCUUGCAGGAGUACGGCUGGGUGUAAAGGACCUUUACGAUAUCAAAGGUGUCAAGACUGGCUGCGGCAACCGUGCCUAUUACGAAACUUACCCAGCAGCCAACACAACUGGGCCAGCGAUUCAGUCCCUGAUUGAUGCUGGUGCCGUAAUCGUUGGCAAGAUGAAGACAAGCCAGUUUGCCAACGGAGAGACCGCCACAGAUGACUGGGUUGACUACCACUCCCCCUUCAAUGCACGGGGAGAUGGGUACCAGGAUCCUAGCUCAUCCUCCUCGGGCCCUGGUUCUGGAAUUGGAGCAUAUCCCUGGCUGGAUAUUGCUAUUGGCAGCGACACUGGUGGCUCCAUUCGUAACCCGUCGCAGGUGAAUGGUUGUUUUGGCAACCGUCCAUCAUGGAAUCUCGUGUCGCUGGACAAUGUUAUGCCUAUGUCUCCUCUUCUUGACACCGCUGGUUUUCUCACUCGGGAUGCAAAGCUGUGGCAGAUCGCUUCGGAGGUGCUUUACGCCAGCGCUAACUUGAAGUCCUACACGAAGUACCCCAAGAGCAUUAAGACAAUCGGGUUCCCCACCAGCGCUUCUACCGAAGCAUAUGGUAUUGUGCUGGACUUUGUAUCCAGACUGUCCUCCUUCUUAGGCGGUGCGAAAGUCACUACUCUGGACUAUGAUUCUCUGUGGGAAUCCACCAAGCCUUCCAGCGUGUCUGCCAAUGUGACCCUGGGGAUGAUGUUGAACAUCACAUACCCUAUUCUCAUUUCGAAGCAGCAGUUCCCUCGUGUCGGCCAGUCACUCUACACCGACUACGCUGCUGCAAAUGGUGGCCGCAAGCCGUUCAUUGACCCUGUCCCUCUGUCUCGCUGGAACUGGGGGUUGCAGUAUCCCGAGUCCCAGCUGGAGACGGAGAUCAAGAACAAGGAUACUUUCACUUCCUGGUGGAACAGUACCGUGCAAGUCUUCGAUCCGGUGACUUGCUCGGACAGUUUGAUUUUGUAUGUGGGUGCGGCUGCGACACCGACAUAUCGCAACGUGUAUCGCAGCAUGCCCGGCAUCCCCAGCGGAUUUGCUGCCUCACGUAUCGCGAACUUUGCCGGUGUUCCGGAUAUGGUUGUUCCCACGUAUACUGAUGGUGCGUUCAUAAUAGUUGGCCAGGCAAAGUAUAACUCCACCAUUACGGGGCAGAAGGAGUACUUACCGGUGGCGGUUGACUUCAUCGCGCCGCAUGGUUGCGAUCUGAUGAUCUUCAAUCUUGUCAAUGAACUGGUGGCAGCGGGUAUUGUCCGAGAGCCUGUGGCUGGAUCGACCUUAUAUGGCGACGAGACGAUUUAUUAUCAUUAG